AUGUUCGCGGUCGUGAGGCGAUGCUUCCUGUUCGUGCGGUGCGGUCGUGUGCGGCUUAUGGUGGCGAGACUUGGACGGGUCGACACGGGCUAUUGCCUUCCCGGGUCGGUACGUGAGCUCGGCCGUGCACUAGGCGGGACGGAUGAAAUUCGGGCGCGGGUCGAUCGUGGGACGAUAGUUCCUCGGUCGCCGGUGUGCGCGGUUGAGUGCUGCUACGGUUUAAGCCGUCUGGACCAGUCUUCACUAAUUGAUCAUAACUUCAUUUCUACUCAUCCAAAUGAUGAAUCCACUUGCGUUGGAGAGUUAACUCACUUGGACAGCGGGAAGGUCUUGAUGAAAUCCAUUGAGUAG